UGCUGUCCAUCGAAUCGUCCCAUCGCACGGCCAGAGGAGAGCGUUGAUAGUGAAGCCAUAUAUAUACAAACCCCAACGCUUUGAAUAUUUUUUUCUUCAGUCGGGCUGUAAUCACCGAAGGCACGGUCGGAAUCUUCUUGAAAUUCUCAUUGCAGACAAUCUCCUCUGCACUCAAUUGCGCUACGGUAACGGGUAAGCUUGCCUUUUACGGCAGUUGUAUUUCUACCAAACUGAGGGUUUUCUGGGAAAUUGGAUCUGUUUAUUCAAACCCUGGGUUUUGUGUUUUUCGAUCUGAAUCCGCAUAGCCGGAAAUCUUCGGGAUUUACCUAAAAGAUUGGGCAAUUAAGCAUUCGGGAAAAGAACGGUGAAGUUUUGAUUUUUUCCGAGGAAGGAUUGAAAUCAGAACCCUGCUCUUGGAGACAAUGCCAUUAGAUUUCGUUGGCAGUGUCAAGGGGUAGAAAUUUGGCUCUGUGGUGGUUUUCUAUGCCGCGAAAAUACAACGGUUAGUUUAGGGUGAAGCAAAGAAAAAGACCGUUGAAGAGAUUAAGAAAGCUUGCUUUUCUGUUUUUUAAAAUAUUGCGAGAAAAAAACCUUCUCGAAGAGGGGAUUCAAUUAGAAGCUAAAGGAGCGGACGCUUUUCUGUUUUUUCCGUCAGGUGUUUUUCAACGGAGAAGUAUUUGCUUUCUUGGAUGCAUAUAUAUAUUUGAUAUGUGAUGUGGGGAUUUGCUUACGCCUAAGGAAAAGGGGUUUUGAAGCUUUUUGGAUUAUUUUGUUCUCAGAAGUAUUGUUGUUCGGCCAUGGAGGCCUCGAAUGUGGAAGGAUCAGUGAAGGUAGACGAGAAACCCAGGGUUCAAGGGGCUGCUGCCAAUCAAUGUUCUGUGUGUCUCGAAGCUGUUGUUGUGGAUGCUGCAAAGCGUUCUGUUGCCAAGCUCAAGUGUGGGCAUUAUUUUCACCUUGACUGCAUUGGAUCUGCAUACAAUGCAAAGGGGAUUAUGCAGUGCCCAAAUUGCAGAGACAUUGAAGAUGGUCAGUGGCUUUAUGCGAAUGGGGGUGGUUUGCCUGAUGAUAUUCCAUUUGAAGAGAUGGGUUAUGAAGAUGGUGACUAUGAUAUUUAUGGUGGUGUAUCAGAGUUUCUCUUUUCACAUGAGCAUAUUGGAACUACAAAUUGGUGCCCUUAUCCAGGUUCAUCGUAUUCACACUUUUCUGUUUCAUUAGGAGGAAUUGAUCCUUCGGCAAGUGGUUGUCCUGAUUUACUUGUCAAUGUUGUUUGUGGAAACUUGCCACCCUCAUUUCCCUUUGGUCCUGGUAAUGAUUCUAGGCCAUCAAGGUAUCAUCUUGGUUAUGAUUCUAUGAUUGGAGCUUUGCAGCAUCAUGUUCAGAAUGAGUCUCUUGGUGCUGAGGUUGCUGGUAUUCAAGGUUUUACAUCUCCAGAUGGGCGGCAGUGGUCUCAUCAUAUACUGCCAAUGCCAAGUUCUAUGUCAUCGGAUACUGCCAGCUCAUCAAGAUUAAUUCCAGUCAACGAGAGGUCUUGUCCAUAUCGAAUGCCAACUGAUACAGGGGCACAGCAGAGGACUGCAGAUGUUUCAAAUGCUUCUACCAUCUGGUCCGAACCACCUGCACAGAACCAGUCUCAGGGUGGGAGAGGCCCUGUACCUCCUGCAAGAUCUAAUCGAAAUGCUUUAGGUACUUCAAGCAGUUGGAGUAAUAGAAGCCAUGGUGGAGCUGGAAGGACAGGACAUUCAAGUGAUUCUCAUGGACAAUUGCAAUGGGCGUUUGCAACUCCUAGUGGGGUUCAGGAUGGAAGAGCAAGCAUGCGAGAUACAAAUUGGCAGGGUGAUCAAGGCAUACCUUGGAGUAGGGAUGGAUUUUCUGGAAAUCCUUGGGCUGUGCGAGAACCAGAGUACUUGAGGUGGGAUUCUGUUGCUUCUAGCAGUUCUCAUGCUGGCAUUUACCAUGGAGUACAUGGACUUGGAAAUGGUGCAUUUAGGACUCCAACUGCUUUUUCUGGAUAUCCUUCUGCUUUUCAACAUGAUGGAUCAGGGGAUGUUGGUUCUCAGUAUCCUCGGUCAACCACACGACCCAGAUAGGCAAUAUCAUUUUUUGAAUUAAGACUUAAGAACUUUUAAAGACAAGACAGCUGCAUUUUGCAUAUUCAGCUGCAACAAGUAGGCUGGGAAAAUUCUUUUUCUGAAGCAUAUUCAGCAUUGAAGGCAAGUCGAUGAUUUUCCAAGAUGUUUGAUAUCUGUGUGGCCAGUGGGCGUUUUGGCUGUUCAAAUUAUUCACAAGAUGUUACAUCUCAAGCUAUUCUAGGGGUAAUAUCAUGCUCACAAUAUUUGAGGAGAGCUUUUUUAAUGCUUAUGGUGAGGAUAUGCCAAAGUGCAGGGACAAAUUUGACAGGGAUUGAUGGCUGCCUCUCUCUGUCUGUCAUUUUUGCUUUAUAAAUAUUUAUGGGACUCAUGAUCAAUGAGUCAAGGUUUCAUCUCUUUUUUAAUUUUGCUUGGUCCGGUUUUUACAAUGUUAUGUCUAUCUGCAUUAUUUGGUGCUUGAUACAUUUUAAUUAUUUUAAUGAGUCAAGGUUUCAUCUCUUUUUUAA